CCUAGACUUUAAGAGGCCUAAUAGGUCCUAAUUAUUCAAAGAUAACUUCCUUCUAUUUGUAAACCAGAUGGCUUGACAAAAAUGAGGAUGAUGGUCAGAUUGUCCGAGAAUUAGUGCCUGCUGGGGAGUCACCGAUGCUAAAAAAUGUCAGUUAUCACAUCAGCGUGAAGACAGGAGAUAUUCCAGGUGCCAGCUCAGACUCUAAAGUUUUCAUCAAACUCUACGGGGAAAAAGCAGACACAAGCAAACAGCCUCUCUUAGUCUCUGAUAAUGAUCUAGGCAACUAUUUUGAGCGUGGACGAGUGGAUGAAUUUACUCUAGAUAUGAUGGAUAUUGGAAAGAUCAACCGAAUACUGAUUGGUCAUGAUAACGUGGGUCUCCGAUCCGGCUGGUUCCUGGCCAGCGUCCAGAUCACGGUUCCAGUCCAGGGAAAGCAGUACAUGUUCCCCUGCAACCGGUGGCUGGACAAAGAUGAGGCUGACGGCAGGGUGGAAGUGGAGGUCUACCCAAGUGAGAUUGUCCCCAUUGAGAAAUUGAUAAACUACGAGGUGUCUGUAGUUACCGGAGACGUGCGGGCCGCAGGCACCAAUGCCAAAGUCUUCAUGCAGAUUUAUGGUGAGACUGGAAAAACUGAAUUGCUCACCUUGGAAAACAGAUCAAACAACUUUGAACGGGGAGCAACGGAUACCUUCAAGAUAGAGGCUGCAGAUGUUGGCAAGAUCUAUAAGAUUCGGAUAGGCCAUGAUGGAAAAGGCAUUGGGGAUGGCUGGUUUCUGGAAAGUGUCACACUGAAGCGGCUUGCCGUGAAAGAGAAGGAGCCUGAGAAGAAGAAGAAAAAGAAAAAGUCUGAUGAGGAGAAAGAGGAGGAAGCUAAGGCAGAAGAAGUAAUGGAUGUCUACAUGUUUGUGGCACACCGCUGGUUGGCUAGAGAUGAAGUGGACAAAGAGCUUGUGGUGGAGCUGGUACCUGAUGGAGAAUCUGCCCUAGAGGAGAACACCUAUGAAGUACACGUUAUUACUGGGAAUGUGUGGGGGGCUGGGACUGACGCUAAUGUCUUCUUGAACAUCUAUGGUGUGGGAAGAGGAGACACGGGUGAACGCCAGCUAAAAAGGUCCAGUUGCCUCGACAAGUUUGAAAAGGGCCAGGAGGAUGUGUUCACCAUCAAGGCCAUUGACCUAGGUGAGCUGAAGAAGCUGCGGAUCCGCCACGACAACUCUGGUGGUAGCCCAAGCUGGUUCCUGGAGAGAGUAGAGAUUGUUGAUCUCAAGGAGAGCAUCACGUAUUAUUUUCCAUGCCAACGGUGGUUAGCAGUUGAGGAAGAUGACGGUCAGAUUGUCAGGGAGCUGGUCCCAGUGGAUGAAGCGUUUGUAAAGAAAGAUUCUGAAAAAGAUGGCCAGUCUCUUGCAACGCUGGGCCUGGAACAAAAAGCUAAAUCAACGACGUACAUUGUGAAAGUGAAAACUGGGGACAAGAAGAAUGCUGGGACAGAUGCCAAUGUCUUCAUCAUUCUCUAUGGAAGUAAAGAUGAUACAGGGAUCGUCAGCCUAAAGGCCUCAAAGACUAACAAGAACAAAUUCGAGCGUGGGAAAGUAGAUGAGUUUACAGUAGAGUCUGUGGACAUUGGAGACCUGAAAAAGAUCAAGAUAGGCCAUGACAGCAAAGGUAGUUCAACUGGCUGGUUCCUGGAGUGGGUGGAAAUCGAUGCCCCAUCCCUGGGACGGUGCCUCAAGUUCCCUUGUGGCCGUUGGCUGGAUAAAUCAGAGGAUGAUGGAGCCAUUGAGAGAAUUAUCUUCCCUGCAGAACUGCAGACAACGGAAUAUAUCCCAUUUGUCCCUUAUGAGAUCACGGUGUACACCAGCGAUAUCUUUGGAGCAGGCACAGAUGCAGAUGUCUUCAUUGUUCUCUAUGGAAGCGACGGGAUCUGUACUCAGCAGAAAUCCCUGUGCCUCAACAAGAGAGAGCAAAGGAUGUAUUUUGAAAGGAACUCGGUGAACCAGUUCAUUGUGGAGCUGGAGGAUGUUGGUGACAUUAUUGAAAAGAUUCGCAUAGGACACAAGGGUGGAGGACUGAAUUCUGGGUGGCAUUUGGAUCGUGUGGCGAUUCGGAGGCUGUUACCAAAUGGCAAGGGUUCGGAAACUGUCACAUUUCCAUGUGAAAGAUGGCUUGCAAAGUCUGAAGAUGAUGGCGAGAUCAUCAGAGAGCUGGUACCAUCUGAUAUUUUUACUGAAAAACUCAUGAAGGACGGGACUCUAAAGCAGAUAGAAGAAGAAGUUGAAGAUCCAUUAGAAGUUCACACAUACAAGAUAAGUGUGUUCACUGGAGAUAUCUAUGGUGCCGGGACAGAUGCUAAUGUUUUCCUAAAUAUCUAUGGAGAUCUGGGGGACACAGGAGAGAGAAAACUCAGCAAAUCUGAGACAAACUUCAACAAGUUUGAAAGAGCACAGGAGGAUACAUUUACAAUGCAGGCUGUGGACCUUGGCAUUAUAUACAAGAUCAAGAUUCGCCAUGACAAUACGAUGUUCAGUCCUGACUGGUUCCUGGAAAAAGUAGAAAUCCUGGACGAGGACACGGAAGAAUCAUUCGUGUUCCUGUGUGAACGCUGGCUCUCUAAAAAGAAGGAGGACAAAAAGAUAGAGCGAACGUUUUAUGAACAGAGUUAUGACGGUGAACGGAACAGCCUGGACAACUCAUCGAUCAGCCUGUCGAGCCAGGAUAGCAGUGGAAGUUUGAAGGAUAUGAAGAAGUCCAGCUUGGUCAAGAUGGCAGAAGAAGGAUCAUUGAUCCCAUAUCACAUCACUGUCACGACGGGCACGGAGUUCGACUCCAGCACUGACAGCCGGGUGUACAUCAUCAUCAUGGGUUCUCAGAAAGUGCAGACGGAGAGGCUGUGGCUGGAUCUCCCAGAAGGAAAAGAUGAAUUUGCAGAUGGUUCUGUGGAGAAAUUCUCUGUUUGGGGACUAGAUGUUGGAGAGAUCAAAAAAGUGGAGGUGGGGCAUGAUGGUGCUACCCCUGAGAGCUGCUGGCUGAUGGAAGAGCUCACCAUCGUGGUACCCACCAAAGGCGUCAUGUAUAAUUUUGUCUGUAAGUGCUGGCUGGCCAGAGACAAAGGUGAUGGUCUCACCUCACGAAUCCUCAACAUCCUAGAUGCAGACUGUAUUAAUAUUGGCCUCAAGAUCCUGUACGAAGUUACGGUUGUGACUGGAGACAUUGAAAGCGGUGGCACUGAUGCCAAUAUUUACAUGACUGUUUUUGGAUCCAAUGGGAAGACUGAGGAGUUGCAGCUUGAAAAAAAUGGAGACAGAUUUGAGCGAGGCCAAGAGGACAGGUUCAUCAUGGAGAUUGCUGACAUCGCGCCCCUGAGGAAGAUGAGGAUCCGGACGGAUGGAAAAGGGACUCGCCCUCACUGGUUCAUGGAAAGGAUUGUCUUGAAGAAUCUGACUAAUCAAGAAGUGGCUACAUUUACAUAUGGUGAAUGGCUGUCAAAGCAGAAAAAUGCCACUGGAAGUCUUGUGUGUGAAAUGCCAGCCAUGAUAAAUGAUGAGCAGAUGAUGGAAGACACAACAUACACUAUUCAUGUUAAAACCAGUGAUGUUGGAGGAGCAGGUACCGAUGCCAACGUGUUCUUGAUUCUGUUUGGGGAGAACGGGGACAGCGGGACCCUCGCUUUGAAGGAGUCCAACAAGUCUAACAAGUUUGAGAGGAACCAGAUGGAUGAAUUCACCUUCCCUGACAUGCUGAGCCUAGGAGAGCUCUGCAAAGUGCGGAUCUGGCAUGACAACAAAGGAAUUGCACCAGGCUGGCAUCUGGAAUAUAUUGAUGUGAUGGACUCCACUACGGACAAGACUUUUCGUUUCCAGUGCGAUCGCUGGCUGGCUAAAGGCGAAGAUGAUGGGCAGCUCUUAAGAGAACUGGCUUGUGCCAAUAGUAACAUCAUGGAACUGAAGGAACGGACUGCCUAUGAGAUUGUCACAGUGACAAGUGACAGAGAAGAUGCGGAGACCAAGGAAAACAUCUGGAUCAUCUUAGAAGGAAAGCUGGGUCGCUCGAAAGAAUUUCUUAUGGAAAACUCCUCCAAGAAAAGGAGAUUUGAAAGGGGAGCAACAGACACAUUUCAGUUUUCCUCAAAGAACAUUGGUGAUGUUGCAGCCAUCUGUGUUGGUCACUGUCCAAAAGAUGGAAAGAAGUCGUCUGCAAAAGCUGACGUAUACUGGCAUGUCCAAGAGAUUAUCAUAACAGAGAUGGAGCUUUGCAACAAGUACUUCUUCAGGUGCAACACGAAAAUCCCUCUGCGUUACAAGAGACGGGACUACAAAGUCUUCGAGUGUGCCAAGGUCAUCGAGAGCUUCGCCAGCAAAGCCCGGAGCUUGGUGCCGGUCCGAUACGAGACCAUCGUGGUUACGGGCUUCGAGAAGGGAGCCGGUACCGAUGCCAACGUGUUCAUCACCAUCUUCGGGCUGAACGGGGACUCGGGAAAGCGCGCGCUGAAGCAGAAGUUCAGGAACCUCUUCGAGCGGGGCAAAACCAGCCGCUUCUACCUGGAAACGCUCGACAUGGGGGAGCUGAAGAAGGUCCGGAUUGAACACGACAACAGCGGGCUGGCGCCCGGCUGGCUGGUCGAGCGGGUGGAGAUCACCAACUCGGCUACCGGGGUGACCACCAUAUUCCCCUGUGGGAAGUGGCUGGAUGAGAACCGGGGGGACGGUUUAAUCUGGAGAGAGCUCUUUCCUAGAUACUGAGCAGGACGGACUCACGACAUAUAACCGUGGGAGGGCUUUAGACCCUUCUGCGUGUGCAUCUUUCUCGUUAUAUGAUUUUAUAUCACGUUUUACUUUUUAAAACGUUGCCUUUUGUAUUGAAGGGUUUUCAUAGAAGAUGUGGCUCCUGGGCCAACAUUUUGUAAAAGUAAU